GACCAGAACAGCCGGAUGCGUGUUAAAAUCAUUUAAUUCGGAGCGCUCGCUUGUGUUGGGAAACUGUUGUGCUGAAAGGAAGAAUUUACUGGUCUUUCAACUUCAGCCUUUUUAUUGUGAGGGGGGAGAUCACAGAAGUGUUACCAUGGGGAGAACAGCAGCGAAAGAUUCAAAGAAUAUUAAAAAAGAGAAAGAUGGAAAGAAUCAGCAGGCAAACAACUCAGCUUUAAAAAGUGAACAGUUUAAUUGGGAUGAUUAUCUGAAAGAGACUGAAUCAGUAGCUGCCCCUCUGCAUUGUUUCAGACAGUCUAGAAUUCCACCUACAAAUGAUUUCAAAGUUGGCAUGAAACUGGAAGCCCGUGAUCCUCGCAAUGUUACCUCAGUUUGUAUAGCUACAGUAAUUGGAACCACUGGUGCCAGGCUAAGGUUGCGGCUGGAUGGAAGUGACAACAAAAAUGAUUUCUGGAGGCUUGUGGAUUCCUCAGACAUACAGCCCAUUGGGACCUGUGAAAAGAAAGGGGGCAUGCUUCAGCCUCCACUUGGGUUCCAGAUGAAUGCAUCCUCUUGGCCAAUGUUUCUCUUAAGAACUCUCAAUGGAGCUGAAAUGGCACCUGCAGCAUUCUUUAAGAAGGAACCACCAAAACCUGUGCCAAACUGCUUUAAAGUUGGAAUGAAACUUGAAGCUAUAGAUAGAAAAAACCCAUACCUGAUUUGCCCAGCAACCAUUGGAGAUGUGAAAGGAGAUGAAGUUUUUGUUACAUUUGAUGGCUGGAGAGGAGCAUUUGACUAUUGGUGCAGGUGUGAUUCUCGAGAUAUUUUCCCAGUCGGAUGGUGUAGCUUGACAGGAGAUGCAUUACAACCACCAGGGAACAAUGUUUCCAUUACAAAGAGCAGUGCAAAAAUCCAAUCUUCCCCUUCCAAAGUGACCCGGCGUUCAAUGCAGUCUCCACAGAAAUCUGCUCCAGUACCAGCGCAGCGGGGCAGGAAACCAGGUCGGGGCAAACCCCCUGGACAGUCUGCAGUUCCCAAGAAGGGCAGGUCUCCUAAAAAUAUUCCCCUGACAAAAAGCACCUCUCAUACUGAAAAUCUUAAAACAAGGAAAAAAAGUUUAAAACCUGGAAAAAAGAAAAAAAUCUUGCCAGAGCAACUGACUCCUACAUCUCCUUCUCCUCAGUCAUCUCCUGAGGGGGAAAAUGGCACUACACAGACACUUAAAGAUGGAAUCAGUUUGUCUGGUUCAACUGCAGCAGUUAUAUCCACAGUGUGUGUUUAUGUGAACAAACAUGGAAAUUCUGGGCCUCACCUGGAUAAGAAGAAGGUUCAGCAGCUUCCAGACCAUUUUGGACCAGGUCCUGUCAAUGUGGUACUUCAGCAGGCUGUACAGGCUUGUGUGGAUUGUGCCUAUCAAGCCAAAACAGUCUUUGGAUUUCUGAAAUCUGGCCAUCAUGGAGGGGAAAUGAUAACUGCUUCCUUUGAUGGGGAAAAGCAUGCCAUCAAUCUUCCUUCUGUAAACAGCGCAUCGUUUGUCCUGCGCUUCUUGGAGAAACUGUGCCACAGUCUGCAGUGUGAUAAUCUCUUCAGUAGCCAGCCUUUCAGCCCUUACAUGGGAUGUGCACACAGUCCUAUGGAGUACAAUAGGAAUAAGCCAGCCAAAGAAGAAAUACCUGAAAACAGGAGUGCUAAACGAUACCCUCAGGACUCUCCACCAUAUACUGCCCCUCUUUCCCCUAAGCUUCCCAGAAACGAUGCUCAUCCAUCUGAAGAUAAGAAGUCCAGGAAGGCUGGACAUAAAGAUACAGGAGCAGGCUGUCCCCACAUGCUGAAAGACAAGCUUGAAUGGAAGAAGACUGUCCUGGCUGAACAGAAAGCAGAAACUUUGCCUAUAGAAGAGAACAGCACUUCCAAAGAACACCGAUUUUCUGGGGAUUCUAUGGAUUCUGCACUUAAUUCUGUAAAUUCGUCAAACCCAACCUGUCGAAGUUCCACAGAGUACCGCACUGCAGGAAAUGCUGCAUAUUACAGAAAUUCCCAUCAGCCAGCAACUGCUACCUCAAAUUCAGCCCCAGUGCUGCGCAGGCUGUCCCUGAGCUCUGCUGGGAGCAGUGGUUACUAUGAAGUCAGUAGGAAUCGGAUGCAGAGGCGGAUUGAAGCUGCAAGUUCCACAACAGGACCAGAUUUGAAUUCACUAAAAAGGGAACCUUCAAGAAUAUUGAAUAAAGAUCCUUCUACUUGGUCAAUAGAGGAAGUAGUGCGUUUUGUGAAAGAAGCUGAUCCACGAGCACUGGCUCCACAUGCAGAACUCUUCAGAAGACAUGAAAUUGAUGGGAAGGCACUACUCUUACUGAGGAGUGAUAUGAUAAUGAAAUAUAUGGGACUGAAGCUGGGACCUGCCCUAAAGCUGUGCUACCACAUUGAACGACUUAAACAAGGAAAGUACUAGCCAGUGGGGUACCACAAACACGUGUGUUUGGAUCACACCAAGCUCUCAGGUUCACAGCCAUCGCCUUGAUUUGAAACUCUUUCACUGAUAUAAACCUCUAUUUUUUUAAUGUGCUCUCGAAACAUAAAAGAGACAUUCAGGAUAAAGGGAGGGGGUGAUUUGUAUUGCAUUCUAGUGGUUUUGCAAACUGUUUCACGGAAAGUUGUCAGGGAAAGACAGUUGAUCAUACUGGGUGUGGGCAGGUCUGGUAAGAACGCUCUCCGAAUCCUGAAAAGUGUGUUCUGUGUUACAGGCUUCAGCCAACGUGUUCAUAUUCAGAAACAAAACAGCUGAAUCCCAAAGGGAAAUAAUAAAUUAAACCAGCAUCAGGUGUUAAUAAUUUUUACAGGGGUGGCUGUAAACUUUUAUAUUGCAAGAAAAUCUUAACAUAGAAGAUACCAUCUCUGUAGUGAAUAUUCUGGUCUUUCAGAAAAGAGGAAGGGUUAUGGAAGAGAGGGCUUAGUACAAAUAUAAGCUUUUAUAAAGUGUGAUUAUCAGUCCUUUGGGAAGUAAUGAGGACAAAUGUAUCAUAUAUUGUCAGUUUAGGCAGGCAGUAAAUAUUUCUGUUUCAUGGAAGGUCAUAUUGGCUGUAUAAACAGCCAUUUCUGGGACAGAGUGAUUUCACUGGAACAAUGCAUCCACAUAUUAAGCAUUCCAUCUUUUUGCUAAGUUUGGCAUGGAUGUGUGUUCAUGCUUUUUAUAUGUACACGUGUAUGUGUCAGGGAAAUACAUACUACAUAAAAUAUACAUACACACUGUACAUAUAUUUUCAGUUUUUUAAUGUGUACUUUGCACUGUGCCAGAGAGAACUGUACAAUUUCUUGUUGUUUUCUUUUACCAGUAAAUUUAGUUGUGUAUUACUUUCAUUAGCACCUGUUUAAUUUUUUCUUGGAGUCAGAAGGUGACAAACAAUCAAAAGAUGUCUUUAUUCAUACAGAUCCCUGUACUAUGCAAUACUCCUGGUUAUUCAUCCCUUAACUCUGAGCCAUAUAUUCUGAUAUGUAUUUGGAAAUACACAUUUGAUUCCAAUGUUUUGGGUUUAUAUUUCCUGUGAGGAAGUGCUACUUUGUAACUGAUAAACCUUUUUUUGGGUAAAAUUGGUGCUGUUUGUAUAAGCUGCAAGAAUGCGUGGUGAUAAUAAAACAGUUUGUUGUCACUGCCAAUUGUAAAAUACAUCAGGGACAAGAAAAUAUACUUUCUGUUUAGGAAACUGAAUGUACUGUAUGUAAUAGUCAAGUGAUAAAAACUGUUAGGGAAGGUGUAGUCCUAAAAUGGUAGGAUUUAUUAUAUCUCUUAAUGCCUUUUUAUAUGAAAGCAUAUAGUAUAAAUGUAUUUUUUACAAAUUCCUUUUUUGAAAAUUACUUUAUUUACCCAUAGACUGAUACUCAUCAGAUUUCCGCAGAGGUACUGCUAGAAAACAGUUAAUUUUGUGUCUCUCAAGUCCAAGUAUUUUGUUAUUUUAAGUGACUACAAUGCAUUUUCAAUUUAGAAAGUCAUUUGGGCCCUGAGAAUUGUUUUUGUUAUUACAUCAUUAGACAUUUGACACUAAAGUUUUAUCUGCAUCGAUUUGUUUUGCAAAUCUUUUGUGGUGCAUGUAUGCUUAGAUGAAUAAUACAGGCAUGCUCUUUAUAGUAAGAAAAGGUCAGAGCAUUGAUUGAAGAAACAGAAUAUUUUUCUCUUGGUGUUAGAAAAAUACUGACUUAACUUUCACAUGGUUAUACCAAAAACUAUAUAUUAAGGAAAACAUCAUGCCCCAUGUGUUCAGAAUAUUGUUUAUACAUAUAUAUAAUUGUAUACUACUUCUUCUGUGCUUUAUUAUGCUGAAUUUGGGUUCCUCAGCAUAAAAAGAUCUCAUGCAAUUUAAGUGGAAGCAAUUGACUGAAAAUAGUUUCCAUUUUUUACAUUGCCCUUGGCAUAAGAAAAACAAAGAUGUUUAAAUUUUCUGUUUGGUCUUUAUGGAAUGACAUUUUUGUACAUGGCACUAUUAUGGGUAUAAAUAUUUGUUCAAGGCUUUCUGUGCACCCAUGUGCACCAAAGAUAACUGUGAUAUUGCUGUACCAGAAUUUCUCCUUGUGCUGUAGUGUGAGAUUCAAACAUUCUGAGUCUUACAGCAGAAUUAAUUUUUUAUUCUUUAUUUUC